CAACCUCGACUACCCACCACCUCCUCCGUCCAAUAUACCCCGCCGCCCACGUCUAAAGCACUACACCGAACUUUUCUUGCACAUCCUGCAGGCUGUCUUCGCUCUAACAACCAUCGUCCUCUACGGGAUCGAUAUCCACCAUGCGCACGAAAAGUCCCAGUCCGCUGAUGCACGCUGGGUGUACGCCAUUGUGACGGGGAUGAUGGGGUGCGGAACGGCGCUGUUCUACCUUGUUAUGAUGCAUUGGGUAUUGAAGACAAGAACGCCGUUGGCGAUGCGCGAGAGGUGGAAUUUGCCGCUGUUUGUGUGGGAGGCUGUGUUGUGUGUGUUUUGGUUGACGCUGUUUGGGAUCUUUGGGAAGAUGUAUAUCGGGGAUUAUGAGGAUAGUAGUGAGGUGACUAGGAUGAGGCAUGCGGUUUGGGUGGAUUUGGUGAAUCUGCUGCUUUGGGUUGGGACGGCGCUGUGGAAGGGGAUGAGGUGGUGGAGGGGGCAGAGAGGGGUGUUUGGGGUUGAUGGGGUUGAGGAGAAGCAGGAGGGGGUGUAGAUGGGAUUGAUUGUUUGGGGUGGAAGGGUGAUUAUUUGGGAAAGGGAAAGGGCAUGAGGGAGGGAGGGAGGGAUAUGAGAAGAGGAAUGGAUGGGACAAGGAGA